AUGGCCUACAAUAGGCCGUACAACCCGGAUGAGCUGCCCAGGUUUGCGGAGCCCGAGCAAAAAGGAAAUCCCCGGUCUCCAGCUUCAGCGCAACCGCCGUCUUCAAGAUACGAGAGCAAGCCUCCUCCUCCGCGUCCACUUGAACAUAGAGGAUCCGGUGACCCGUACGGUUCCCAUCCCCAAGGUCGGCUAUCGCCUCGACAGACAGCGCCCCCUGAGCGUUUCGGAAUGAGCCCACCUCCGACUGCCGGGGGCAGCCGUCCGAUCCACCACAACCUUCCUCCCACUAGCUCGCGGCCGCCCCCAAGCCCGGCGCCGCGCGAUAGCACUGCCGACCCGACGCUGCUACCGCUUUUCAGAGCCGUGGAUAAAGAUGGUACCGGCCAGCUAUCGGAGCGCGAGCUCUCGGCGGCCCUCGUCAACGGCGACUGGACAGCCUUCGACCCGCAAACGGUUCGCAUGAUGAUCCGCAUGUUCGACAGCGACCGCAGCGGCACCAUCGGCUUCGAGGAGUUCUGCGGCUUGUGGUCGUUCCUGGCCUCGUGGCGCUCGCUCUUCGACCGUUUCGAUGCGGACCGGUCUGGCAACAUCAGCCUGGACGAGUUCAACAACGCCCUCGUCGCCUUCCGCUACCGCCUGAGCGAGCGGUUCGUCGAGAUCCUGUUCCGUACCUACGACAAGCGCAACGAGGGCGUCAUGAGCUUUGACCUGUUCGUGCAGGCCUGCAUCAGCCUUAAGCGCAUGACCGACGUGUUCAAGCGGUACGAUGACGAUCGAGAUGGCUAUAUCACCCUGAGCUUCGAAGACUUUUUGAUCGAGAUCCUGCGCCAGUUGAGAUAG